UGUGGUGUUGUCGACCCUCGUUCCAGCUACAUCGAGGCGUGGGUCGAGAAGAAGUAAUGUCGUCCACUCUGGUGGAGACGGUCUCCAUUAAUUAUGAAGACUUCAACGAAUCUUUCCUCACCUGCGGCACUUGUCUGUGUUUCACUACUGCCAACAUGUCCACUGACUCUCAAACACACUAUACAAUUAUGACUUACUUGACUGCUCACAACAAUUACUGCAAACACACCCACUUGUCCUCAAUGUAGCUUGGAACUAUAACAAACCUUGUACGCCCUCCAUAUCUACACUAGACUAGAACAUACACCCAUUCAUUAUAGUGUCAGAAACUCUCCUCCUCCACCACCACCACUGCUAUCCAAGGUGACUGACUGGUGGCAAAAAAUGGUAGAGAGAGACAAUCAAUUAAUCUUCACAUCUUUAUUUUUUCCCUUAUCUUUUCACUCUUUGCAGAAUAAAUGAAUAAAAAGCCAUUAAUCUUCCUGAAAUUAGCCAUGUUUUAGGAGGACAAUUCUCUAGCAUUAGUAUAACUUCAGGAAACUUCAUCUGCACAGGGAGACCACUUAUUUUUUGCAUCUAUAUAGGUCAGCUUGCAUUGUUUACCCAGACAUUUGCUUGUACUGUAUGGGUAGGAAUCUGCUUGUAUGCUUGUAGAUGGUUGUGUUUGGCUGACAUGUAGCUCUGAAUAGGUAUUUGGGUUGCCAGAUAAUGGUGUAGCAUGUGUGUGUGUGGGGAGAUGUAGCUCUGAAUGGGUGUUUGGAUGACAUGUAGCUCUGAAUGGGUGUUUGGGUUGCAGGGUAGUGGUGUGGCAUGUUUGUGUGUGUGUGUGUGUGUGUGUGUGUGCAGGGAGGUGAAGGAGGUAAGAUAAGAGAGUUUGAUGCAUUGGAAAUAGUAAAAAGAGAAUUAAUUGUAUGUUUUGAGUGAAUUGGAUGAAAAAUGAGAGGUUGGUAGUGAAUAAAUAUAAUACAUAGGUAGUUUGAUAAAUAUAAUACAUAGGAAGUGAAGUAGUAUAUUAAGAAGUAGAAGAGCCAAGAAUGAGAGAAUGAUAAAAGGUUAGUAGUGUGUUUAGAGUGAAUAGAAGGAGAAAAGAAAAGUUAGUAGUGUUUUGAGAGUUGUUGAAAGGAGAGGACUGACUAGAGUGAAUAGAGAGUUUGUUAUGAAAUAGAAGAGCUAAAAAUGGGAAAGUAAUAAAUGGCUAAUGGUGUGUUUAAAAGGAAUAGAAGAAAAGAAAAGUUAGUAGUGUUUUGAGACUUAAAAGAGGAUUGACUAGAUUAAAUAAAUAAAAUAAGUUAGUUUAAGAAGUAGAAGAGCUAAGAAUGAGAAAUAAUAAAUGGCUAAUGGUGUGUUUAAAAGUGAAUAGAAGAAGAAUAGAAAGGUUAAUAGUGUUUUGAGACUAAAUAGAAAGAAAGGAUUGACUAGAUUGAAUAGAUAAAAUAAGUUAGUUUGUUAAGAAGUAGAAGGGCUAAGAAUGAGAAAGUAAUAAAUGGCUAAUGGUGUAUUUAAAGUGAAGAGAAGAAAGGUUAAUAGUGUUUUGAGAGUUAAUAGAAGGAAAGCAUUGAAAGUGGGAAGGUUAGAGUUUGUUAAGAAGAAAUAGAAGAAUUAAGAAUGAGAGAAUACUGAAGGAAAGGUUGUGAUGUGUUGAGAGUGGAUAGAAUGAAUGCAUAGGAAGGCUGGGAAGCAGAGUGGGUAAAGAAAGAAUAGAAAAGGUAAAAGAUGAAGAGAAUGUAAAUGUUUAGGUAAAUGAUUUAAAUAUUGAGAAAAAAUAGAAUCGAUAGGAGAAAAUAAUAUUGAUAAAGACACUCCUGGAGAAAAUCAUGAUGUAGGAUAAAUAAAUGUAAGUUAUGAGGAUUAAAUUUUAAAACCUUCCCCAAAAAGUAGGUAAAUUCAUCUCGAUAAAUCAAAGCUAUGAACGUCACCUAAUAAAAACACCAAGGACAACAAAAUAAUGAGGAUUAACCAUUCACACACCAAGAACAACAUUUUUAAUCCAAACAUACACACACACACACACACACACACACACACACACACACACACACACACACACACACACACACACACACACACACACACACACACACACACACACGGAAUAGAUAUAGAAAGAAAAUAGUAAAAUGAUAAUAAUGAGAGUUGUGUCAUCCAAACAUCUCAAAUCUUUAAGCAUAAAUGAAAACACAAAAUAAUGAUAAUGGUUAGACAAAAUAAUAAUAACAGUUAGGUAUUUCAAACAACUUAAAUCUAGAAACAUAAAUAAAGCAUACUCAAAUUUUUCAAACAACUCAAAGCUACAAACACAACCAAUAAAAACAAAAAGACAAAAUAGGUCACAAUGAGAGGUAGUCACUUCAAAACACACAAGAGGAAGUUCACCAAUUCACACAAAGUCACAAAGAUAACACACACAAACACACAGAAAAUUAUAAUAAUAAUAAUAACAAUAAUAAUAAUGACAGAUAGCCAUUUCAAAACAUGUCUGAGAGAAAUUUUAGUCAUGUCAACAAGUGGAAGCUACACACACACACACACACACACACACACACACACACACACACACACACACACACACACACACACACACACACACACACACACACACACACACACAGAAACAAAAGUGAAGGUUAGCCAUCAUCCUUAGUAAGCAAAACAAGCCAAAGGUGCAAACAACAGCCAGUAAGAGCACAGAGAACAAGCGUUAAGGUCCCAUAGAGUGAGGUUUAGCAGGUUCGCGUACCAGGACAGCAGCAGCAGUGUGGCGGCUGUCCCCACGCUGCUGGCAACACUGCAACACUUGUCACUGUAGUUCUGACAUGGGCAGGCUCCUUCGAUGGGGGAGAGCACACCCCAAAGCUGCUACACUGCUCCCAUACCGUGUGCCUCCACUGCCUCUCCCGCAUCGUGGCCUCCCAUGCACGCGAGGACGGGACCUUCCGCUGCCCCAUAUGCCGGGAAUCCAUCCGUAUCCCAUCGGGGGGAGUGGCAGCCCUCCCCCCGUCCUUCCUGGUGAAUCAGCUACUGGAUCUUAUGUCACGCCAGCGCCGGGAGGUCAUUCCUAAGUGCUCCACACAUGCCAACCAGGAGCUGCUGUUCUGCGAGUCGUGUGACCUGGUGUUCUGUACCCAGUGUAGCAACGGGUCACAUCAGGGCAGCCCCGCCAGCUACCAACACACAGUCAUCCCGCUUUCCAUAGCCAUCAAGCGUAUGUCUGAGAUACUCUGCUACAAGGCUAAUGAAUGCUACUCCAAGCUGAACGAGGCAAGUGAUGCGGUCCGCACUGAGAUGCACCAGCUGGACCACGCUGCUGACGCCACCUUUGAGGAGGUGAACCGCGCCUUCCAGGCCAUUGUGGACGUGAUAGAGCAGCGGCGCGAGGCAGUGGUGGCAAACGUCAAGAAGAUGCGCGACGAGAAGAAGAAAGUGCUCCAGGACCAGCUGGACAUCAUUGAGGGUGAGCGGCGCAAGGUGCAGCAGGAGUGUGAGGGGCUGCAGUACCAGGUGGAGGUGCGCAACAUCACCAAGAAGAUUGCUCACCUCAACACCAAGAUUGACUCUCUGGCCACGCUGGUGGAGCCACGGGAAAAUGCCUUCCUGAAGUUUGAGAAUGGGCGGGGCGAGGCUUUCGACCAGGUGCGGGCCACCAUCGAGGACUACGGCCGCGUGGCCACCAGCCGCACCUUCCCCAGCCUGUGCUUCAUGAAGGCCAAGAAGGCCAUGACUCACCUCCGCAGCGAGGUGCUGGUCACCGCUGUGGACUAUGAGGGCCAGACACAGCAGGUGGGCGGCGACCCCAUGGAGGCCACCGUCACCUCCGAGGCCGGCGACAACGUGGAGUGCCAGGUGGAGGACAACCAAGAUGGUACGUACUCUGUGUUCUUCACGCCGGAGCAGGGCGGCAACCACAGCGUGGCAGUGCGGCUGUUUGGCCGGCCGGUGAAAGAGAGCCCCCUCACUGUGGAGGUGCUGGACGAACACAACCCGGAGACGGUGUACGGGUCGCGGGGCUCCGGCCGGGACCAGUUCCUGCAGCCUGUCGGCAUAUGUCUGGACGAGGAGGGCUACCUGUAUGUGGCGGACACCGGCAACUCCCGCAUCAAGGUGCUCAGCCCACAACUGCGGGAGGUGCAGCACAUCGUGGGGGAUGCGCUGGAGGGCCGCAGCGUCACUGGCAUCACGCGCACCCCGGCCGGCUCACUCGUCUUUGUCAACUGGAGGAAACGGACAGUAACAGAGGUGACGUCUUCCGGUCAGCUGCUCUCACAGUUCACCCACGACCGCCUGCAGGAGCCCACCGCCCUGGCCGUCAAUGGCCUGGGGGAGAUUCUGGUGGCUGACAAUGCUGCAAACUCCAUCUUUGUCUUCCUGGCCGGGGGGAAGCUGGUGCGGCACUGGGGCACCAAGGGCACCAAGCCAGGCCAGCUGGGCUCUGUGGCGGCCUUGUGCUGCGGCCCAGACAAUGAGGUGGUGGUGGCUGACUCUAGGAUACAAGUGUUUUCACCCGAAGGACAAUAUGUGCGCACCAUCUUUGAAACCAAAGCAGGCAAGGGACCGAAGGGGACGUACGGCGGGCUGUUCCUGGACCCGCGUGGGCUGCUGCUGGCCACCCGGCAGGAGCGCAGCCACUCGUGCAUACAGGUAUUUGACUACACGCUGGGCACGCUCAUAUUCACCAUAGACUCGCGGGAGGCCAAGCUGAAGCGUCCCUCGGGACUCGCCGCCACGCCGGAUGGAUACGUCAUCAUUGUGGACCUCGGCAAUGACUGCGUCAAGAAGUUCAGGUACAUGUAGGCAGCCGAGGACAUCACCAGUGUCCCUGCAGCCCACCUUGCCACACAGGUCACACCCUUGCUCACAUCUGCUUCCCCUGCAUCCCCUGCCUCUCAGUGCCCCUGUGCUGGCAUGGCAGCACUGGCAGGUUGAGGCGGCACCCUGGGAGGCGACCCAUUGGUAGUCACCAGCUUGUAUUCCUAAACGCUGCAGCGUCUUGCCUGGACUUGUUUUGACAGGUUCCAGUGUGUCAUCAGGGCUUGGAGAUGUGGCUGUGGUCGCAGUGAGGGUUUAACAGGCACUCACUAUUACCACCUGGAAGGUAACACUCAAAUCAGACAAAUGCUACCUUUUAAAACAGUCCUGGUGAGAUGGCUGAGCGUUUAGCAGUACAAGCCAUUAACACGCCCACUUCCAUUCCUCACUCCAGCACUUUAGAAUGUAAAGAAGCGUAUGAUAGACAGACAAGCGUAACAAUCUCAUGAGGCUUCCCAGGGUGUCCAGCUGUGCCCAGAGGUGAAGGAAGGGAAAGUCUCAUCCUCACCAUGGGUUCCGUCAUGUCAUCUAGGGGUCCGGCAGGGUGACUUAGCAGAGGUCAUAAGGGUCUAGGGUCACCACAAGCACUGGCAUUCCCUGUGUGUUCCCUGUGGCUCCCCCCGUGUUAAGGGUUCUCACUGAUACAUGGUUCUCUUACUCUACUCAUUACCAAGGCACACCACACUUCCCUCUCCCUGUAACUUGGAAGACAUGAGUUAAUUGGUAUGUGAUUUGUCUCUUCUACUCAUUACCAAGACACACCACACUUCACUCUCCUUGUUUUGUUACUCAGAAGAUUGACUCUUUCUGUUUACCCUUAGGAAAGAAAUACCUUACAAAAGACUAAAUCAACCUAUUCUCUUUUCUUUGCUAGUCUUAUAAACUUGAUCUAUCUUUUCUUUGUCAGUCCUUACAAGACAGAAUCAACCUAUUGUCUUUUUCCACACUAGUUACAGAAAACUUACCUGUACUGUUUUUCAUUGUCAAUCCUUACAAAAGACAAAAUUAACCAGUUCUUUUUUAUACUAGUUUUGAAAAAUUCAUCUUUACUCUUAUCUAUGUCAAAAUUAACUUUAUUUUUAACACCAUAGUUGCAGAAAAUUUUCCUACCAUAAUCUUUUCUUAUCCUUUUCUUCCCUUUAUCUUUUCUUCCUAGUGCCAUGAAUGAUGAGAGAGGAGUGUGUAUCAGUGGUGGGGUCACUGUAGGGGCAGCCACACCACAGCAUAAAGACUUGUUCCUAAGGAUAAGCUUGGUUUGGCCUCAUUGGGUCACUCGCUGUUCCAUUAGUACCUCUAUUUGCAUCUCAUUCUUAGGUUGUUCGUGCUGUUCCUUCCCACAGACUGCACUCAGAGAUGUUCGCCAACUCACUGGAAGCGUUUUGUGUUGCUGAAGUGAUUGCUGUUGUGUUUCUCUCUUUGUAGUGCUAGAAUUUCAGAGCUGUACUUGAGAUUUUAGCUGCAUUACCUCACUGUUUCUGGAGGUGAGGAAGUACUUCUGAUGAAAUAGCCCUUGGUUACUUAACAGAGAUAUUUUGAAUGUGUAUAAGUUUCCAUUACUUUUAAGCUCAAUGUUGUCACUGCCUUCUCGAGUAUUCUGCUGCGUUAUGGACAACAGUACUUAAUGUCAACACCGGACACUAAAUCUUACGUAUAAUUCUAAGCUCAGAAUACAUCCACUGCCUUUUUCUGUUCGGAUAUUUUAAAGGACAGCACUUAAACAGGAACACUACCACCACACACCUCCAUGAACUGACUCCAACUCCCAUCCACCUGCUAAACACGCCUACCUGUGAAUCCUGAGGCAUGCCAGACAACAAUUCAACUCAUAAUACUGUAAGAAGCAGGCAUAAUAAUAGACUUUCCACAUCACAGACCACACUCACACCAGUCUCCCAGGAAUGAUCAAGACUCCAGCCAAUACAUUAAUGAAAGAACUAAGCAUUAUAUUAACCUUACAUUACACAGACCCCCAACAAUUUCUACAGUUUUCUUGCAAUGAUCAACACUACAGCCACCCAUUCACUCAUCAUUAAGUAAAAAAAACAGGUAUAUUAACCUCAUACUACAUAAACCUUCACAAUAUUAAGUUUUCCUAGCCAGCACAGCCACUCAGUCACUCACCUAUGCAUUAUAUUAACCUCACAUUACAAACCCCAACUAUUUAUUCACUUUCCCAGCAGUGCUCAAGUUAACCCAACAUUACUGAACCCUGCACAGUCUCCCAGUUUAAUCGCUCAAGGCCUUUGGUUCCCCUAUAUGAGUCAGUGAAGGAGAGACACAGAGAGAAAGAAAGACAUGUGGUGAUCAUCUCUAUUGCAGUGUGUGGAUGCGACAUCAUAACCAACGUACAUAAGAAUCAUUAGAUGAGACUUGCUGAUGUAGAUUACUGCUCAAGUUGUUGCAGACCAGAUAAUACUAGCAGGUUAUUGGAGAAGGAGGGAGGGAGGGAGAGAUGUACAGGGGAAGGAGCAAGUGGAGGGGGUUAGGGAAGUGACAAAAUGAGGUGUAAGGUGGAAAGGAAAGAACAGAUUGUAGAGAGUAAAAAAUGGAAAUACUAGCAGGUUUUUUUGAGGAGGGAGGGAAGAAAAGGAGAGAAAGAUAUACAGGAGAAGGAGUAAGUGGAGGGGUUAAGGCAAUGUCAGAAUGAGGUGUAAGGUAGAAAUGAGAGAAUAGAUCAUAAAAAGUGGAAAAAAUGGAAGGUAAAUAAGAUGAAAGAUGCAGAUAAAGAAGGGAGGAAGCAUAAUGUAGAAGAAAUAAGACAAAGCAGAGAGAACGAAGAAGGACAGGGAAGGAGAAUGGAAAAGAAAAUACAAAAAAAUGAAGGGAAAGAACAAGGAGAGAGAAGAAAAAAGAAAAUGGAAAAUGAUGAUAAAAUUCCAGUAGAGACUAAAGCAAUGAAAAAAGGACCAUAUUUGUUUGUGUUUGUGUGUGUGCAUUUUUAUCUAUAAGGAGACGACCAGUGUUCAUAUACAUAGACUGGUAUAAUCAUGUCAACUUAACCGUAUGGAGGUCGCAGCUUUACAUGUGUGUACUUAAUGUCAGAAGAGUAAUUGGAGAGGUUUGGAAUUACUGGGAAAGAGAGAAGGACAUUACUGGAGCACUUAUAUAAUCAAAAAGCACUGAGGUUGUGGUGUGUGCGUGUGUGCGUGUGUAAGGUUACGUUCUUUGAUCUCCAGUCUUUCGUUUUCCAGUAAGGCAGUUGUGGGUGAUUGGGUGAGUAGACAUGUUGGUGCAGUGUUGUAAUAAUUCGGGCAAGGGGUUUUGCGGGGUGUUGUGAUUGGGAAAGCCUCAAGUUUUGCAGGGUUUUCAUUUUUGGGGAGAAAUUGAGAAGUUUUCCUGCUUUUGGGUGAUUGGAAAAUUGAAGUUGCUUUAUUGUUUUGAUUGGUUAAGGCUGGAAAAUUUUGACAUGAUUGGGAAGUGUUGCAGGGGUGUCAUGGUUGGGAAAUUGAGAGGUUUUGAUGUUUUGGGUGAUUUGAAAGUUGAGAAGUUGCUUUAUUUCCAACAAUUGGUUAAGCUUGGGAAGUUUGGACAUGAUUAGGAUGUUUGUAAGUGUUGCAGGGGUGUCAUGAUUGGGAAAGUGAUAAGUUUUGAGGCUUUGGGUGAAUGGAAAGUUGAGAAGUUGCUUUAUUUUCAUGAUUGGCUAAGGUUGGGAAGUUUGAGCAUGAUUAGGAUGUUGGGAAGUGUUGCAGGGGUGUUGUGGUCGGGAACAUGAUAAGUUUUGAUGCUUUACAUAAUUUCAAAGUUGAAAAGUUGCUUAUUUUUCACAAUUGGUUAAGUUUGGGAAGUUUUGACAUGAUUAGGAAGUGUUGAAAGAGUUGUCAUGACAUGGGAAGUUGAGAAGUUUUGUCUUGCUUUCACACCUAACUCCUCUCCCUGGGCUGUCAUGUGUUGAGGAAGAAUAAAGAAGUGAAAUGGGGAAUGUACCCACUUUGAUGUAAUUGUGGAAGUUUUACAGUGUGUUCAUGAUGUGGUAGAUUGAGUUGUUUUGCUGCUUUGUUUCCACGACUGAUUAACCUUCUCGGGAUGUCGUGUCUGUUGGGAAAACGUAAAUGAGACGAGUGAAAGAGUCUUCAGUUCCCGUGAUGUUGAUUGAUCUCAUGGUUUGUACUUUGGCUGAGGCUUUACGACGCAUUAUAUUCUCACAUAAGUGUAAAAAAAAGAUAUAUAAAAAGGUGCAAGUUUGUUGGAAGUUCACUACAUAUUGGUGUUUUUAUAUCACCACAUUAUUGCUUUCCAUAACCACACAUUCCUUUUCAGUACUUUUGUAGACUCGGCAAAGUAUGAUUCCACGAUGCUUGUAAAACACUACGCUCAAUCAGACAGUCAGACAGUCACUGCAGGACCUCAGACAACACAUUCCAUUUUAUCAUGAACAUAUAAGUGUGUAUGAGCUAGGAAGACACACAUGGACACCCACAAACACACACAGACCCGAGCAUGGCCAACUCAUCUCAUACAAUCUCAGGUCAGAAAAGUGUCCAUACUGAAACUUGCUCAUGGCCACACAGAGCAGGGCAUCCUAGGGCAUUGUGGUAGCAGGAGGAGUAAAACAGAGGUGAGGGAAGCAAGCAAGGAGAGCAAGGAGGAGACAUGAUUGAGAGGCGAUAGUGUAAGGGUUGAGAUUUACAGAAAAGAUGUAGAAGGAAUAAAACAGAGGUGAGGAAAUCAAGCAGAGAGAUUGAGAAGCAGAUAUAAUGGAGAGGGUGGGUAAAGUGAUGGAAAGAUGCUGUUUUGAUUUGAUAAAGAGAGAGAGAGAGAUAGAGGAAAUUUGGUCUAUAGUUUAAAGCUUCAUAUAUAUAAGAAGGUAAGGAUGUAGGAGGAGUAAGAAGAGGCAAAUGAAGCAAGCAGUGAGAAGGAGACAUGAUAGAGAGGGUAGAGUUUAAAGGCUUCAAAUGUAUAAAGAAAAAGUUUGUAGGAGAGUAAGAAAGAGAUACAAUAGAGAGGAUAACAAUAAAGAAGGCUUGAAAUGUAUAGGCAGGGAAAGAGUAGGAAGUGAAGGAUGUGUAAUGAUGACAAGAAGUGACGUAUGUGAAAAAUGAACAGUGAGGAUGGAUUAAAGAGAGAUCAAUGAAGGUUUAUUCUGUACUUAAUAAAUUAGAUUGGUAUAAUAUUGAGCUCAGGAUACAGAGAGAGAGAGAGAGUUACAAUUAUACAAGAGACAUCAGGAUACAUUACAUAGAGAUAUGUAUUUUUGCAUUGAUGUACUUAUUAAAACUCGUUGGCUUGGUAUAAAUAGGGGUGAUGUAUAUUUAGAGUGUACUGAAAUUGAUCGGGUUGGAUUGGCACUUUUGGUUCAGGAUAGCUGGGGGAUAUUUAGAGUGUUAACAUAUGUAUUUCAGUUUAUUGGGUUAGCUUGGUAUUACUUUGGGUUCCGAAUAGCCGGGUAUGUUUAGAAAGUUAGUGUAUGUGUGUAUGUCAAUUUGGUGGGUUGGGUUGGCAUCACACUGGGUACAGGAUAGAUUGCAACAAUGAAAUGGGUGUUACAUACUUGUCAAUCAUAAUUAUUGCACUUACACUACACAUGUCUUGAUAUUAGGAUUAAAAAAACAGUUACCUGAAAAAAAGUACAUAAGUUUAACCAAAGAGUAAGGAGAAAUUCAUGAUUAAGGAGAAAUUCAUGAUAAGUUUUUUUUCUAUGUGAAGGGUGACAUGAGACUUAAUGAAGCAGUGAUGUGGGUGGAUGUACUUAUGACACAGACUCUACCAGGUGAAGGUUUGAGUGUGUGAAGCUUGAGUCAAAGGGAAUGGGGAGUUGGAGAGCAGUUCAGGGUUAUGUGGAGCCAUUUUUAAGUACGCAUUACACUCCAAAUGUACUUACCUUAGCUAAUUACUGAGUGAAUUGUUGAGUUUGAGAAUUGCAAGAGUUGAAAUGGACAAGAAUCAGAUUAAGAAAGGAUUAAAAAGAACAAUCUACAAGAACCAUAUUAAAGAAUUAUUAAAAAGAGAACAAUUUACAAGAACCAGAUUAAGAAAGGAUUAAAAAGAGAACAGUUUGAAAUUACGUAGAGCCAGUUUUGAAUGAUGUAUUGUGAAUUCAGUGUACUUAUGGCAAAUCAACAAGUGUAUUUUUUGUUAUUAUCAUUACUGCAAGAGUUGAACAAGAAACAGAUUGCACGAUUAAUCCCUUCACUUCAGUACUGGGAUGCAUUUUUUACCAUGAGUUUUGGAUAUGAUUGGAUGAUACUGUUUAGAUUAGGAAAUGUCUAUGGAGGUCAGAAGAUUAAUGGCCAGUCUUCACUAUUUUAAUCCCAACAUAAGUAUCUGAAGCUGUAUAAAAUCACCAAAUAGUAAGCAGAAUGAAUAUAGCAAUGCAUCACACUACUGAAGGAGUUAAAAAAGAGAAUGAUUCAAAUGUAUCUCAAGCCAGUUUUGAGCCGCACAUCAUGAACUUGACGACAAAUGAACAGGUGGAUUCUUUUGAGUGACAGCAUUGCAAGACUUAAGAUGGGAAAAAGACAGACUGCUGAAUAAAAGAAACGAACAAUUUUAAAGUUACUUAGGGCCAUUAUGAACUCAGUGAACAGAUGGAUAGUUUUGAGUUUUAACAUUGUAAGAGUUGAGAUGAGAGAGACACAUUGCAGGAUUAUAAAACAAGACCAUUGAGAGUCAGAGGUAGUUUCAGACCUGUACACUUGCUUUCAAUGUCCUUGUGAUAGAAUUAACAUGUGGAUUUUUGGAUCAGCAUGAGUUAGGAAGAAAAAAUACAAGUUAUGUGAGAAAUUUAAAGACUUAUAGAUGCAAAAUGAAACUUAAAUGUAUGUAUGAUAAAAUUAACCUACAAAGUUUUUAAUCAGCAUCACAUGAGUUAAAAGAGAGAAAAAUGCAGGAAAUUAAAAAAAACAUAGAUACAAAUUGAAAUUCAUAAUAGUGCCGCCAUUGUACUUAUGACAAAUCCAGUUGUGUAUAUCUAUAACUUAAUAUCACAUCAGUAAAAAAACAAAACAAAAGAUAGAUGAAAUAUAAGGACAACUCAAUAUUUACACAUACCUUAUCUCAAAGUGUAUGAAUUCAGUGACACCAAAAAAUGAAGGUGACGUAGCUAACCUAACCUAAUUGGCUUUGGCCGUUUAUCUCAGGAGUCUUGGUGUACCUUAGGGAGCGGGUAGGCACGGGGAGGGUUGGUAGAGCGGUGUGGUAGUAGUGGUGUUAGUGGUAGUAAUAGUAAUAGUAGUAAGGGUCUUGUUAAUUUAAGCAUGGGUAAAAAGAAAAGAAAAAGUCACAUGAAAGUUUACAGUUUUAAGGGAGCGCAUAGUAGUAGUAAUAGCAGCAGUAACGUUUGUAGUGGUAAUAGUAUCACUAGUAACAUUUCCCAUAGUAGUAGUAGCUGUUGUUUUAGUACCCAGUAACAGUAGGCAUAGUUGGCGGAAAAAACACCCUUAGGAAUGAAAAAGAUUAAAAAAACGUUACUGUACGUACAUAAUAACAUAAACAAACCCUAUUCCUGUAGACCACAUAGCCGACUCCUCAGCAGACAUACCGAUGAGUGCAAAGUUCGUAUUAGCUAGUUAGCCCUGUAGAGUCGUGGCCACAGUACCUGUAGUAGGGGGCGUAGAGGAGGCAUUGCAGGAGACUUAACCUACAUUACAAUACAUAAAAAAGGCAUUCUUGUUAUUUAGAGACAUGUGUUUUGUUGCUGCUGCUGCUGGUGUUGUAUUUAGAGGGUGAGUAGUGUGUGUGUGUGUGUGUGUGUUUGGUGAAGGGAAGUGUGUACGUGUGUGUGUUUAAUUUGUGUUGGUUAUACACACACAUAAGACUUACUUCAUUAUACCUAUUGGUCCCUUAACCCCUUUGGUACUUGGACUCAAUUCUGCCGUGAGUUUUGGGUAUGAUUUGACAAUUUUAUUUACAUUAGGAAGAGUCUGUGGAAGUUAAAAGAAUAACGGCCAGAGUCUUCACUAUUUUAACCCCGUAUAAUUUACUGAAGCUGUGUAAAAUUGCCAAAUAGUAAGCAGAAUGAAUAUGGCAAUGCAUUAUGGUACUGAAGUGGUUAAGGUUUACAUAUACACACACAACAUAAUAAGCUUGACCGAACCACAUAGAAAUAGAUGAAAAUAGGUAAAAUAUGAACAUACAUACACGUACAUCCCUUGCUAAACAUGCACACACUGGGAAAAAAAGAAAAAGAAAUGAACCCAAACCAGCGGCAUUAGUAGGAUAAGGACAAAAAAAGAACAUCAGACAAGUUAUCGAAAGGUUAUUUAUUGAGUUACCCAGCAGUGCAUAGUGGAGAGACACUUCCACACUGACACUGGCAAUGAUGUUCCUGAAUGUGUGUGUGAGAGAGAGAGAUGUUGUGAAGUGUGUGACGUGAUUAAGGCAUGGAGUGUAGCAAAGUAGUGAUGGGAAGAGUUUUUAUUUGAGUUUCGUUAAGUUGUUGGGAAUGCGAAUUAAUAGACGGAGUAUAUUAUCGACUCUUGCAUCUUUUUACUUGUUUCAUUAAAAGACACCAUUGAAAGUUAGACUGCAAGAGAGUGAAGAGUUGAAAAGGCGUAAGAUGAAGAAAUGCGAGAAAAAUUGUGGUUUGAAGAGAAGUGAAUAGAUAGACAAAGUAUAGACUCUUACACUAUACUGUAUAUUCAAAAAGGAAUUGAAAAGAUGUAAGAUUAAGAAAGACUAAGAAAAGAUUGCAUAAGUUUUAAGAGAGCAGACAGAUCAACAAAACACAUUACUGAUUCCUGCAUCUUGUUCACAUAAAAAUCAUCAGAAUAACACCAAUAAGAGAGCUAAGAGUUAAAGAGACAUAAAACAAAAAUAAAAUGCAAGGAAAGGUUAUGUGUGUUUCCAAGAGAUAGGUAAAGUGUAGUCUGACUCUUGUUAAUGUAUAUAGAUAAUUAAAAAAAGACAAAUAAGAGCUAAGAGUUAAAAAGACAAAGCUAAAAAAAAAAAAAAAAAGAUUGUGAGUUUGCAAGACAAUGAAUAAGAAUAAUGAAAAAAAAAAAAAGAACAGUAAGAGAGCUAAAAGUUAAGACACAAAACAAAUUGAAAUGCAAGAAAGAACGGAAGAAAAUAUUACAUGUGAAUUUUGCAGGAGAGCGAACAGAUACACAAACCAUAUUAAUUACUGAUUCUUAUGCCUUGAUAACACACAAAAGCUUAAAAAAACACCAAACAUUACAAAAGCAUAAAAGAAAAUCAAAAGCAAGAAAAUAUUACAUGUGAGUUUGCAAGAGAGUGAAUAGAUACAUGAACCUCAUUACUGAUUCUAUGCCUUGAUAACACACAAAAAGCUUAGAAAAACACCAAUAAGAGAGCAAAACAUUAGAAAAACGGAAAAGAAAAGAAAACGCAAGAAAAUAUUAUGUGUGUUUGCAAGAUAGUCAAAAAAUACACAAAUUAUAUUACUGAUUCUUAUGCCUUGAUAUACUAAAAAAACAUGAAAAACACCAAUAAGAGAGCAAAACAUUA